CUUCAAAGGAGGAGGCCUAUUGCAUUGAAUCCUUCCUAUUCAAGCCAAAUAUCUUCUUCUUCUUUCUCUUUUACAAUUUCUUCCUCGUCAAUUCUUUCAUUUGAUUCUGCCGAAAGAGUUUUAAACCUUCCUUUCCUGGGGUGAAUCAUGGCAGAAAUCACAACAUACUCGAUGGAGCACGGAUUAGGCUGUGGCCCAGGAUGGAGAGCUUUCCUAUGCCGGCAUUUCUGGCCGAGAAAAACAUCAGUGCAUUCACUGCCUGCAGAAAGCACCAACAAUAUCCUCGGCCUGCCCAGUAUUGAUAAUAAUUCAGAGAGACAGCAAAGCAAACCCCAGCCUGUCGUCCUUGAUUCCUCCAAUUUGCCCAAGUCUUCCCCACAAGUAGAAAAGAAACAGAAGAGUUUGCAUCGUUCAAGGCCUUCGACUUUUCAUCAAAACAAAGAAGGUUCAAGUUCGGGCGGGAUCAAAGUGUCCCAAACCAAUAAGACUAAUCUAAGAAGGGACUCCAACAAUGAUUCCAGAGAGCUUGGCAGGAUUGUCAUAACUAAUCAUCAAAAGUCCAAUGACAACAAGGUUCUUGUUCGAGCCACUUCUGGCAAUGUAAUGUUGCGAGGUCAUCUGGGCAACCUAAGACAGUCAGGGAAUGGGAAUUUUAUAGGGAAUGAUAGUCCUAAUGCUACUGUUAGGACUGUGGAUUACCUUCACAAGAACCUUCAAGAGGCAAAUUUAUCGUCUAGACCCAGAAAUUGCUACAGUAAACUUGGCAGUAAUAGUGUUAUGGGGAACAUUGUGAGGCAGCCUAGUGGUGAAUUUCGGCAGGGACAAGGUCUGAUAACCAGCAUGGAUCCUGAAGUUUUAAAGAAUAAGGGAAAUGAGAGGUACAAGCAAGGAAGAUAUGAACAGGCCUUGGUUUGGUAUGAUCGUGCAAUUUCUCUUGAUUCAAAGAAGGCAACAUAUAGAUGUAAUAGAAGUGCAGCUUUGAUAGGAUUAGGCCGUCUUACAGAAGCUGUUGUUGAGUGCAAAGAAGCUAUUAGGCUCGAUCCAUCUUAUCAAAGAGCCCAUUACCGUUUGGCAACAUUAUAUUUCAGACUGGGAGAAACAGAGAAAGCUCUGUAUCACUACAAACAGUCAGGCCCCAAUACUGACUCCAAGGAAGUUGCUCAAGCUCAGGCACUUCAAAUGCACCUGAACAGGUGCACUGAAGCUCGAAAACUAAAAGAAUGGAAUAGAUUGCUGAAGGAGACUGAGCGCUCAAUUUCCUCUGGUGCUGAUUCAGCUCCACAGGUUUAUGCUAUGCAAGCCGAGGCACUAUUGAGGCUCCACAGGCAUCAAGAAGCCUACACGGCCUACCAAAAGGGACCGAAUUUUUCUGUUGACUUUUAUACCAAGUUAUUUGGUCUGACUGUAGCACCUUAUAUCUUAAUGAUCGGGGCACGGAUUUACAUGGCUGCGGGCAGGUUUGAAGACGCUAUGGCUGCAGCUCAGCAAGCGGCUCGACUCGAUCCCAGCAACGGGGAGGUUAGCAAUGUGGUAAAGAGUGUCAGAGCAGUAGCAUCUGCUAGAUUGAGUGGUAACUCGUUAUUCAAGGCAUCAAAAUUCACCGAGGCAUGUAUCGCAUAUAGUGAAGGCCUAGAACACGACGCUCACAACUCAAUUUUGCUCUGCAACCGAGCAGCCUGUAGGUCCAAGCUUGGCCAAUAUGAAAAGGCUGUAGAAGACUGCACUGCGGCUCUCAGUGUGCAGCCUAAUUAUAGCAAGGCCAGGCUAAGAAGGGCGCACUGCAAUGCCGAGCUACGAAGAUGGGAAGCUUCGAUUCAAGAUUUUGAGAUGUUGAUAAGAGAAAGUCCAGCCGAUGAGGAGGUGGGCCGGGCCUUGCUUGACGCACAGGCUCAACUUAAGAAGCAACGUGGUGAAGACAUCAAGGACCUCAAAUAUGGUUCUAAAUUCUAAUUUAGUGUUGGUUUCCAGUGAUUAGACACUCUGUAACUUCACCUGAAAUUUAAGCAUUUGCUGGCGGGUGCCAUGGACUAAACGAGAAAUACGAGACGUUUUUAUUUGAUGAGGAAAAUAAAUUCUUAUGAGUGAAAUGGCAGCUUCAACUCAA